AGCAGCAGUGUGUGAAUGUGGCAACCGAGGUAGACAGGGAGGGGUACAUAAGCUGGCCAGACCCAGGCUCUUGUCUUUUUUCCUUUAUUUUUCUUUUCUCGCAUAGCCAAGUGUUUACAGUUCGUGCACCGCCGCGGUUGUGAAGUAGUUUACGGGGCAGAAAAUCCGGCCGCUGCUGCUUUUCUCUGGGACUAACCGCUGUCGUUGUGAAAACAGUCCAGAAGAAAGAAAGAAGGAAAGGGAGAAACAACAUGGGGCGAUAAUUAAAAAAAAAAAAAAGGUGUUGUGUUGUGAGCGGACGAUGACUCUCUGGGAGGACCCGUGAAGCUUAUUUAUUUUUAUUUAUUCCCCUCCCUUCCUUCUUCCCUCAUUCCCUGUGUCCGCUUUUGUUUUAUUAUUUUGUAACAUUUCCCCUACCCCCUGCCAGUUUGGGAGAUUUUUUUAAAGGAAAAGGCAACAAGAAGAUUGAAGAAAUGGACCAAGCCGGCAUCCUGAGAAAGUUUAUCCAGGGGGUGAAGGCCAUGAGCGAGGGGAACGAUGAGAGGGGAGAGGAUAACUUCGGCAGCGACUUUAUGCGGUUACGACGGUUAUCUACCAAAUACCGGACAGAGAAGAUCUACCCGACCAACAUAGGGGAGAGAGAGGAGAAUGUGAAGAAGAACAGAUAUAAAGAUAUACUGCCAUUUGAUCACAGUAGAGUGAAGCUGAAGCUAAAAACAACCAAUCAGGACACAGAUUACAUCAAUGCUAACUUCAUUAAGGGUAUGGAUGGCCCAGAGGCCUAUAUUGCAACUCAGGGUCCACUGCCGAACACUGUCAUCGACUUCUGGAGGAUGAUCUGGGAAUACAACGUUGCUGUGAGUUUUCCUUACUAG